UAGUGAAGGGGUGGGGGAGGGGUUCGGUGGAAAUGUACACUAAGAAUUCCAAUGUGCAAACAUUAUCACCUUGAGUGUCUGACAAUGUAAUUCAGUUACUACACCUCAUUAUUCAAAUGAAAAUGUAUAUGUGUAACUUUAAUUCUGGGUUAACGAGAUUAUAUCAAAGGUGUAACAAGUGGCGUCCAGCUACAAAAUAAUUAAUCAAACGCUUAAGAACAUUAAACAUGGUUUGGAAGGAAUUUUGAACUUGUUGGGGGGACUGGUCGUGAAAUGGUUAAUGGGAAUGUUUGGAAUGAGUUCGUUACCUUGUAACCAAGGAGAGUACCACAGAAGCCACUACAAAACAAACUGGCAGCCUGGGCAGCUAGAGAAACUUAAAUAAGUGUAGACAGAUUUCAGGUUGGUUUUGACUAUUUCGAACAUUUUAUUAAUUACCAUCUUUUGAAAUGAAUAACUUUAUAGUCGAGCGUUUUACACAGUAAAUCACUGUUACGUUAGCUAAACUAGCUAGCUACGCGUUCAAACCGCAUGAAAUAAGUUGAACCAGGUGCAGGCUGAGGCAUAAUUAUAUUUGCGAUAAUACUUUCACGAUAGUUUUGCCUCAUGUCGUGACUUUUCUGCUUGAAGUGUUAAUUUCAUAUUGCUCACAAUGUCCACUGGGAUUCAUCAUGCCACAAAUCAAAGCAUCAAGCCCUUCAAGUCUAGCGAAGAGUACCUGUAUGCGAUGAAGGAGGAUUUGGCAGAAUGGUUGAGAGAUUUGUACGAGAUUGAUAUUGACGUGAACAACAUAGUGGAGGCGCUCGAGACGGGCGCGGUCCUCUGUUCCCACGCCAAUAAUGUCACACGAGUGGCGGGAGAGUUCAUUCAAAAGUACGGGAUGGUGCGACAGGUCCAGCUGCCAACGAACGGUGUAACGUUCGUAAAUUCGGCCCAACCUGCAACUUUCCUGGCCCGGGACAACAUCUCAAAUUUCAUCAGUUGGUGUCGAAAGCAUAUGGAUAUUAAAGAUGUGCUCAUGUUUGAGACAGACGACCUAGUGCUGCGGAAGAAUGAGAAGAACUUUGUGCUGUGUCUGCUGGAAGUAGCCCGGCGGGCCUCUCGUUUCGGAAUGGCUGCCCCUGUGCUGAUCCAGUUGGAGCAAGAGAUAGAGGAGGAGAUCAGAGAGGAGCUGGAGCUGCCCCUGGAAGAGACCCCGCCACUGGCCAAACCCCAGCGGCGCACCUCCAACACUCAAAACCUGGAUGAGAUGGUCCAGUACCUCAUAAGCCGCUGCACCUGCCCCACACAGUUUCCCAUGUUCAAAGUGUCUGAGGGCAAAUACAGGGUGGGGGACUCCAGCACACUCAUAUUUGUUCGGAUCCUGCGUAAUCACGUGAUGGUGCGAGUGGGUGGAGGUUGGGACACUCUGGAGCACUAUCUGGACAAGCAUGACCCCUGUCGCUGCACCUCUAUCACCCAUAAGCUGGCCCAGCGCCCGGGCACGCCGGUCCACGAGAUCAAAGGCAGGUUGCCGGGGCGCCCAGACGGCCAGGGUCCAACCAUGCCCACCAUGCUGCUCAUGAGUCGUCAUGCCCAGACUCCCCUCCAGCCCAUCCUCUGGACCCCCUCCGAAGCCCCCUCCACCUACUCCCCCAGGGGCCUGAGGCCAGCCAGGACAAGGGUUUCCCUAUCACCAGACCCAGGGCUCAGAGCCUCUUGCUCCCCCAACAGAUCGUCCCUCUCUCCUGACCCAGGCCCCCGGUUCUCCAGGGAGAUGAAGACUACUUUCUCCAACAGACUGAGACAGAGUGCUUCCACACCCACUCUCCAGCACCACCGGUCUGGGUGUAAUGAUGACUCAGCACUCAACUCUUCCACGAGGACAGGCAGAGAGGCCACACGCUCGUUCCAAGCCCCCCGCUUCACCAGCAGCCUGCCUCGGUCCAUCCAACAUUCCUCCACACCUCAACCCCAGCCCAAGACUAAGCCCCAGGCUCAGAGGCCUAGAACCCCCCUGGUCUUCCACAGGUCCCCUGGGCAGCAAUCCUCCCUGCCCCAGCCCAGACCAGAAAACGGGCUUACUCAGACCUGGACUAAGUCUCAGUUUGCCUCUAAGCUCAGGCAGAGCUCCACGUUGGGUGGCAACAGCACAGAACCCUCAAACGGUACUGCCCCCCAGAGGCAUGGAGGACCCAACACGGUAAGGGCUGCUACACCCGCCAGAUAUACCCCUGUCUGCCCCAGACAACCCACCAUCACUAUCCAGCAGCCUGAAAACUGUGAUACUCUUCAAAAGAGCCCCGAUUUAAUUUGCACCUUCUGUCCAGCCAAAACAUUCUGGGAAGAAUCAUCUGGGGAAUGCCAAGUCAGGCCCUUCACAACCAUUGGGGGAAACCUGAGGGAUCCAAAUAAGACACCCACCCCUUAUGACAUCACAACCAACCCUUCACACAGCGACUCCAACCACGAGAGAAUGCAGGGCCUGACAAGACAGAAUACAUUUGGCUUUCCUGUCAAUGACAAGGCUUCUCACAAAAGCACUGUGGUGAGCCUUGAAGAGCCUGAGCAUCCAGAACUAUGUGGCAAAGUCUUUGUGGCAGGAGACGGAGCGAUAGUCAAUGGUUACCUGUUCACCCCUCCCCCCAACAGCCCAGCCCAGGAGGCCAGUCUGUACCAGAGUCUGGAGCACGAGAUCCUGUCCAACCUCCAGCAGCUCAGCGUCGACUCAGAUGACAGAAAACGCAAGCAAAACGGUCAAUACCAACCAUCUCAGAAUAUCGCUGAGAGUGAUCAUGGUGGAUUCAGUACAGUUCUAGCUGGGUUCGAAUCAUCUCCACAUACCUCAGCCUCUGAUGCCACACAUCCAGUUGAGGCCAGCUUUGAUGCAGUCAUCACUGAGCUCUCCAAAGGGAAUAGGCUGCUGGAAAAGGUGUGUGUGGAGAGCUGGGUGAAAACACUCUCUGGUAGCCUUAGAGCUAGUAGAGAGACUUGCAGCAACACAGAGGUGGUGGACUCCAGCUUAAACCUCAAAGUGGCCAAAGCCUGUGUGACCAGCUCCUGGUCCUCUAUGGGCUCCAGUGUCGAGUCCAAAGAGCUGCCCGUUGAUUCUACAAUCUCUCCUGACUCUGGGAAUGGAGUUAGCAUUAGCAUCAGGCGCAGGGUGACAGACGCCAAUUCACCUGUAGUGAACCCCAGAGCCACUACCAUAACAGGCCCUGAUAGCCUGUUGAAACCAAGGAAUGGGUCUUUCAGACAGAAGAGGACCUUGAAGAAACCAGAGAGUGUGCCCUCCAUCUACAAGCUGAAGCUCCGGCCCAGGCACGACUACAGACCAGGCAAGAAGCCCUCGCGAAUCCCCACCCCAAUCUCCUACAAAGGGGGUCAACCUGCGGGGGACACUGGAGGGUGCAGAAGGGGGAUACACAACUAGGCAGGCAGGCAAGGCAGGCAGGCAGGGUUCCACAGAAAUGUAUCGGAGCUACAGGCAGCAUGGCUACGAAGCCACAGUGAGGCUAAGGCAGUGGCAAAUGCUUAAACCGGUGACAGCAGAGGACCCAGAGUCCUGGGUCUAACCCCUUACAUUUCACUUCCAUAGCCAAUUGCAGUACUCAAGGGAAAAAUACUCUAUUUGGAUGGUACUGUACUACAUCUAUUUUUGGUCAAAGCUGAAUUGAUGCAUCAGACCACACAAAGUAGUGGUGAAAGAUUAUCUGCAUUCAGUGGAGCGUUCACCUCAACAAAUAAAGGUUUUCAACUAUAA